UCUUCUAAUUUGUCUCUACAAGACAAUACGAAAGAAUAACAGAAAUAUUUGACUUCAUAUUAUUAUCUUGUUCAUUGUUAAGAAGAAUUAGAUUAUGUUCAAAUCCUAGGUUUUUUAUUAGCACCGCAUGCAAUUGCAACUUUUUCAUGUGAUGAUUUAAUGUCAUUUUCAACAGGAAUUGAUUAUUUUGGGAGAGUGGCAAGGAUCUAUAUGACGUGCUUUUACCUAACUAGGAUUAGCCAAAGGAUCUAUAAGGCGUGCUUUUACCUAACUAGGAUUGACCAAAGACUCUUCAAAAAUGUCUUCGUCAAAAUCUAAGGAAUCUCCACCUUCUUCCUCCUCCUCCUCGUCACACAAUAACUCUUCAUUAUCCUCUUUAUCCAAGGAUUCAAAUUCUCAAUCUUCUUCGUCUAACGAGGGCUCAUCACCAUCCGGAGAUAGUACUAACUCUUCUAAUGAUAACAACGACAAUAACAAUAACAAUAAUAAUAACAAUGAUAAUAACAACAAUGAUAAUAAUAAGUCUCAACCUUCACCAAAAUCGUCAAAUUCAUCUAAGGGAGGAUCACAAUCAUCUCCGCCCCCUCCACCGCCCCCACCCGACUCUCAUUCAAGACAUAAGUCACCACCGCUACCAAAACAUUCUUCACAUGAUAGUGACUCAUCUGACAACAAUAAUCAUGACAAAACGCUUCUUAUAGGAAUUGGUGUUGCUGCUGGAUUAUUAUUUCUUCUAUCGCUAGUUUGCCUCAUAUCUUGGUGUAAAAAGAAAAGGAGGAGGCCACGUGAUCAUAUGGGCUUAUACAUGGACAAUUCUUAUAGAGCCAAGAGAGAUGACUAUUAUAACAAUGAAAAACAAGGGAAUUGGAACAAGAAUGUCCAAUCUACAGAACAUGUUGUUAAGAUUCCCCCUCCAACUAACAGUGCUGGAGUCAGCUCCGAAUAUAAUUGGCCGAUAGCACCACCAUCGCCGCCACCACCAAUGAGCAACUCGAGCUCUAGAAAUUUCUCCGGCACACAACAUAGCACCACGAGGUCUGCUAAUUUCUCUGGCACACAACACCAACAACGACAACAAAAAAACCCUAAUCCACGGCCUCCAAAUCCAUCAAAUAUAUCUUUUGGUUUUAACCAAAGUAGUUUAACUUAUGAUGACUUAGCAACUGCAACUGGAGGAUUUUCUAAGGCCAAUCUUCUUGGACAAGGUGGUUUUGGAGUUGUACAUAAAGGGGUUUUACCUAAUGGUAAAGAGGUCGCUGUAAAAAGUUUAAAAUCAAACAGCGGACAAGGAGAGAGGGAAUUUCAAGCUGAGGUUGAAACUAUAAGCCGUGUCAAUCAUCGACAUCUUGUGUCUUUAGUUGGUUAUUGCAUUUCUGGAUCUCAAAGGAUGCUUGUCUAUGAGUUUAUUCCUAACAACACUCUUGAAUAUCACCUUCAUGGACCUGGUAACCCAGUUAUGGAUUUCCCUACGAGGCUUAAAAUUGCAAUAGGAGCAGCCAAAGGGUUUGCUUAUAUUCAUGAAGAUUGCCACCCUCGCAUUAUUCACAGAGACAUUAAAGGUGCAAAUAUCCUACUGGACAACAACUUCGAAGCCAAGGUGGCUGAUUUUGGGUUAGCUAAGCUUGCAGCCGAUAAUUUUACUCAUGUGUCUACCCGUAUCAUGGGAACUUUUGGGUACUUGGCACCAGAGUACGCUUCAACCGGCAAGUUGACCGAAAAAUCUGAUGUAUAUUCUUAUGGUAUUAUGCUUCUGGAACUUAUAACUGGACGUCGUCCAAUAGAUCUCAACAGUGACGGUGACAACUUAGUUGAUUGGGCUAGGCCAAUUCUCGAUCGUGCAACAGAGGGUGGAAAUUAUGAUGAGUUAAUAGAUCCACGCUUGGAAGAAAAAUUUGAUGGCCAGCAAAUGCUAUGCAUGGUCAUUUGUGCCGCUGCAUCCAUCAAACAUUCUGCAAAGAGACGUCCAAAAAUGAGUCAAAUUGUACGUACUUUAGAAGGCGAUGUUUCUUUAUUGGAUGAUUUAAAUAAAGGAUCAACACCAGGUCAUAGUGGAAUACCUGGAUCAGGCGAAAGUUCAGAAUGUGAGGGAGGUUCAUAUGGGAUUAAGUUGAAGAAAUCUGAAAUAUCAAGUGAUGAAUUCACAGGUAGUGAACAUGGAUCGACUGGUGAGUUUGUCCAUUCCAAGUAACCCUUGAUAGCAUUUGUAACAUAGCAUGUGAGUAGUUCAAAUUUAUGGAGCAAAACUUGUAGUCUUGUACACUAGAUUGGAAGGGUGCUUUAGCUACUGAAAAAUAGCUUCAUUUUUUCCUUUUUUUGUAUAUAUUCUUCCACCUUGAAACAUAGAUUAGACUAAUGGUGGUAAAUGUAUAUAUCUGCUCGUCAGAAGCAGCAUGAGUACAUAGCAAUUUUUUGGUUAAGUUUGUUUAUAAGUUGUGUCAUUUUUGUUUUGUUGGAACUUAAGACAACAAUGGUGCGCACUUUUUAUGUAUCAUCUCGGGACUCUUGUUAUUUACCGAUUUGGCAAUUGCAUGUAUGUAUACUAGACAUUUGUAGGCAAGUUUUAGCUACAAGCCUAAAAUUUAUUUGGCUUCAUUGGUCUUGCUUUGGUUUGAGAACGUUUUCUUAUUUAGCUUCAACCAUAAGACUGU